UAAACAAUUCAACCGACCAUGCAAACAUACAAAAAGUAAAAAUCAAAUUCAAACAUUGAGAGCGCGCCAGUUUACAUAUGGCGCCGUGGUGAGUUGGCGGUGGUGUGGUGAGUUCAUCGCAGCCGAAGAAUGGGGAAUUGGUAAAGGCGCCAAUAAAUUUGACCAGUAAAAGCGAAACAGAAACGUGCAAGAAACAGGAAAAGCGCCAAGAAUUUUGGCAAUAAAAAUCAGUGUGCAUGCUGCAGACCAUUAUUUAGUCUUGUCAAUAAAUAGAUAGAGCCGCAAAUAGAACAAGAUGGCCAGCAAGCGGCUGAUGCUCGAUGUGGAUGAGGAGGAGGAGGGCGAUGGUGAGGGGGCAUGUGGCCGGGAGAAGUUAGAAGAUGGCCAGGAACACCAGGCCAAAAGGCGCAAGCCAGCCGGCCAGCAGGAGACGCCACUGCAAAGGAUGCUCAAGCGGCACAUUCCCGCCAGCGCCAUUCUGUCACCCAUUACCGAAUUGUCGCAGAAUAUGCGUGGUGCUCGUCUGGAUGGCACACCCAAGUCCACCCAGAGAUGCCCGUCGGCCAGGACGCUCAACACCUUCGGUAGCCUCUCCUCGCGAACCCUCAGCAGCUUCAGCAGCUCCUGUUCCAGUUACGAUUCGGGCAACUCCCUGGACGAUGAAUAUCUGGCCAUGUUCGAGCAGGAGUCGGCCGAGGAUCCACAUUUGGAGCUACCCGAUGACCUGGAGGUCCUCCUCAGCGGCCAGCUGAAAUCCGAUGGCAACCCUGAGAAGGAAUCCUCGAGCAAAGAACGUGGUUCCUUGCGUCGCUGUCUGAGCUUGUUACCCAUUAAUCAACCAGAGGAUGAGGAGGAGGAUCCAUCGGCCCAAGGCACCGCCAACAUGCCCACCAAAAAGCUGCAGGCAAGGACCCUCUCCAUGAACGAUGCCGAAAUCAUGAGCGCCCUGGGCGAUGAACCCGAGUUGAUUGGAGAUCUCAGCAAGCCUUGUACGCUGCCCUGUUUGCUCACAGGCAUUAGACAUCGUGAUCUGAAGACCAUCUCGAGUGAGACAUUGGCCCGGCUGAUUAAAGGCGACUUUGACCAGCAAUUGGGCAGCCAGGGUGGCUAUGAGAUUAUCGACUGUCGAUAUCCCUACGAAUUUCUGGGCGGGCAUAUACAAGGAGCCAGGAAUCUAUACACACGCGGCCAAAUACAGGAAGCCUUUCCCGCCCUCCCUUCGAAUCAGGAGGAUCGUCGCAUCUAUGUAUUCCACUGCGAGUUCUCCUCGGAACGGGGCCCCAAACUAUUGCGCUUUCUGCGCAGCAACGACAGGAGCCAGCAUGCCCACAACUACCCGGCAUUGGACUACCCGGAGCUUUAUAUCCUGCACAAUGGGUACAAGGAGUUCUUCGGCCUGUACGCCCACCUGUGCAAUCCCAGCCAAUAUGUGCCCAUGCUGGCACCAGCGCACAACGAUGAGUUUCGUUACUUUCGAGCCAAGACCAAAUCCUGGCAAUGUGGCGAGGGUGGAGACAGUGGAAUCGGCGGUGGAGGCUCUCGAGGCCUCCGAAAGUCACGAUCCCGCCUGCUCUACGCCGAGUAAGGUCUGUCGGGCUCCCAAACCAUAAACCGAUCCCAAAACAAUCUGCCUGCCAUAAGCCCACUGAGAUCUCAAGCAGAAACAAUGGUUGCCCACUUUUACCACAGAACAAUAUGUUUUCUUUAAGGACGCAAAUUUUUUGUUUAUUUCUCGUUGUGUUAUUCAAAUGUUGUGAAAGCCCUUUAGAUUUAUUUGUACAUGUUUAAUUUCAAUUUCGAAUUUUGGAUUUUAGUUAUGCGUUGUGUGAAAACGGGAACAAAAACAGGAAAUGGAUAUUUGUUCUCUAGUCAGUGAAAGUGAAAAUUUCGAAAUUUAUUUUAGUUUACUUUUUGUGUUCGGCAUUUAUUAGUUAAGUUUAAAAAGAAUUCCGUGUUUAAUUAUAGUUUUAAUAAACCAAAUUAAUUUAAAUAUGUAUAAAUACAAACAGAGCUGAA